CGGGAGGAGCGCAGCGAGCGGAGCGCCCGACAGCGGCUUCUGGCCCCGGCGUGGCUGCGAUGCGGGUCAGGAUGAUAUCAGCUGCCUCCGUCCUCGUCCUGCUCUUCCUGCCAUCGGAGACCUGCUCCCCCUUGCAGUGGCCCCGGGGCCCGUCCCGUAGGCUGACCCUGGCUCCCCAGCUCACCUGGGAGCCCUGGAUGGGAGCCCCGAGACCCCCGGUCCCCGCCACCGAUCCCCUGCCCCAAAGACUGUGCCAGUUCCAUGGGGCAGAGCCCACCCCGGCCCGAGCCCGGCGGGCGCUGCAAGCCGGCAAGAGGCGAGAUGGAAAACCCAACUCGCUGGAUCUCACCUUCCACCUCCUGCGCGAGUUCCUGGAAAUGUCCCGGGAGGAGAGACUGGCCCAGAAGGCGCUCAGCAAUAAGCUCUUGCUGCAGAGUAUAGGGAAAUGAGGGAGGGUCGUUGGAGGUGGGGGAAUGAAGGAGACCGACCCCGUAACAAGACACCACGGCAGAACGGAGAACCGGGGGGGAUGCUGUGGGCUGCAGCCGUGCCCAGGGAGUCCCCACCUUGCCUGGCAGUGUUCGU